AUGAGCCUGAAGCGCAUCCAGGUGGACGAAGACCUAGCUGAUGAGGAAGUGGUCGCGAAGUCAUACCCUAUAGGCAGCACACACAAGGUCCGGGUGAUGUGUUACAACCUGUCCGACUAUGUGUACUCGGUGACCGACCAGCCUGACGUCAUCGCGGAGAAGUACUUCAAGCUGGAACAGCUCCACGCCGGCGACCUGGUGGACGCCACCGUCAAGACUGUCGCCGAUAAUCAUGUGCUACUCAGUGUAGGCAGGGUCACAGGAUACGUAUCACAAUCACACUUAUCGGACUCGGGAAUUCUCACAGACACUAAAAAGCCCUCGAUUUCAAAACUACCAAAGAAAAAGUAUAAGGUGGGUCAGGCAGUGAAAGCUCGCGUGCUGGUGGUAGACCCUUCAAAACAGACUCUGUUCCUAACCCUGAAGCCUUCCCUUCUGUCUCCGGACCUUGAAAUACUGGACAGCUACGAUACUGCCGCCACGGGGAAAGCUUACACUGGUGUCAUUAAGACUAUUCGAGACUACAUAUUGGUUCAAUUCUUUAACAACGUGGUCGGCUACGUCCCGUCGCAGUUCAUAUCUAAAGAGCCGCUUGAUAACGUCACACAAGCAUUCCACAUCGGUCAAAUUGUAAAAUGUACAAUACUGCGAGUAAAUCCUGAAGAAAACAAGAUGUCUGCCAGCUUCAUUACGCCACCGUUCACACAAAUCAAAGACGGAAGAAAUAAUAAGCGCAAACAACAACAACGAAGUGACGAUGUCCCUAAUAAAAAGAAUAAAAGCAAUGAUGAGCCAAUAAAAAGGAAAAAAUCAAAAGAAGAUAUUACAGAAGAAUCGAACACUGACGACAAUAAAGAACUUGACAAGAAGAAAAAGAAGAAAGUUAAACUAGAACAAAAAGACGAAUCAGAUGUAGACGCAGAAGAACAAGUGAAUAAGAAAAUCAAAAAGAGAAAAACAAAGGAAGAAACAACAGAAGACUCGGAGACUGAAGACAAUAAACAAAUUGACAAGAAGAAAAAGAAGAAGAAAAAAAUAGAAGUCGAACAGAAUGAAGAGUCAGACGUAGAAGAAAAAGUUAGUAAAAAGAAAGACAAAAAGAAAAAAUCAAAGAAAACAGAGGAAUCAAGCGAUGAAACUGAACAUAAAGUAAAAGAUAAGAAGAAAAAAGUAGAAGUAUCAGAAGAAAGUGACGCCAUAGAAACAGAUUUAAACGAAGAAGUCGAGAUUCUAACGCCACAAGACCAGGCUCUGAUAGACUUGAGUACUUGUACCACAGGGAAACAAUACAAGCGACGCGUCGUAGCCCUACUGAAGGCAGUCAACAACAGGAGCAAACGUGUUGACAAGAUAGAGAGGAAGAUUGCGAGGAUAGAGGAAAGAGGACUCACUCCAGACACUAAGAUGUACCAUACUGCUAUGCAGAACGACAGGAACAUCGUGAAGGAGAGACUGGCUCUUCUGCUCGAAGCUUUGGGUAAAGCACAGACCAAGCUCAAGGAGCUCGGAGUAGAGUUCAACAAAGAAUAUAAGAAAGAGAAGCGGGCGGCAGAAGAAGAUAAAGAGGAGAGGAAAGUUCUAGAAGUUAAAGUGGUGGAGAACUUAGAGCCAGCACUCGAAGCUCCUAGCGCUCAGGACUUUUGGACUGCUGCAAUCGAGGAGCCGAAGCCAGUGGAAGAUGAGGAGGACAGCAGCAGUGAAGACGAGGAUAAAGAGCAGCCUAAGAAGAAACGGAAGAAGUUAACAGUAGCGGAGAAGUUAGCAAAGUUGCGGGAAGAAGAAGAGAAAGUGAGAGAGAUGGAGAAGAGAGCGACGGAGAGUGAGAGUCAGCCGCGGUCUAGUGAGCAGUUCGAGCGCGCUCUACUCGCGCACCCUAACUCCAGUCAGCUAUGGAUCGCGUACAUGGCAUUCCACCUUCAGGCUACUGAUGUUGAGAAAGCGCGCAAUGUCGCUAGGAAGGCGCUGGCCACGAUAUCUUUCCGUGAAGUACUGGACAAGUUCAACGUGUAUGUCGCCAUGCUCAGCAUCGAGUGCAGGUUCGGUACUAAGGAGUCCCUACAAAAAGUAUUAGAGGAAGCACUUCAGAUGAAUGAACCUCUGAAGAUUCACUCGAAGCUGCUGGACAUUUACGUGGAGACAGGCAAGCACCAGGACUUGGUGGCGCUAGUGGAGCUGAUGAUGAGGAAGUACAAGCGGGACCCCAGCAUGUACAUACAGUGCGGGGCUGCCUGCUUCCAGCUUGGCCUUGUGGAGAAGGCGCGUCAGGUGAUGCAAAAAGCUAUUUCUCUGCUGGAGAAGAAAGAACAUGUGACUGUGCUGGUCCAGUUUGCUUUGAUGGAGAAUCGCAAUGGUGGUCGGGAGCGAGCUGAAGCCCUCUUCGAGCAAGUGCUGGCGGUGUACCCCGCCCGCGUCGAUGUCUGCAGCACAUACGUCGAUAUGCUACUCAAAAACGAUGACAAGGAUCAUAUCAGGCAAGUAAUGGAGCGCAUGACGUCACAAAAGUUGCCAGCGAGGAAAAUGAAGAUUUUGUACAAGAAAUGGAUCGAGGUAGAGGAGAGGAUGGGGGACCUCGAGCAAGUCGAGGUUUUACGGCAGCGAGCUGCUCAGUAUAUGGAGAAAGCCAAGUUUUAA